AUGUCCCCCUUCCAAGUGCUCAUGGGUUACCAACCUCAGCACAAUAUUCCCACUGUGGGAACAACAGAUGCUCUGGACAUUGCUUCUAGACUGAUUCAACUAACACACCUCUGCACGGAGAUCCAGUCUAGUAUCCGACUAGCAGAAGAAAUGGUGAAGAAACGCAAUAAGGACAAGUUUGUCGAAUACACGCCAGGACAGAAGACCCAAGACCAACCCUAA